CCGCUCCACUCCUGCACUCCCACCCAGAUUUGUUCGAGGAAUAUGAAAGUAACGGACCGUUACUUCGGCCAGUCCGGCCGGUCUCAUUGUCGAAUCGCGAUUUCUCACCGUGUGGACUACAACGCGCGCUGACGAUAUUCGCGUUUGCUUUAUUGUGAUUAGCGUGACUGGAAAAAGUAAGAAAUAUCCAGCGUUUCCCGAUGUUCGUUAACAGCGAUGCAGUGGCUUCUGAUACUCUGCUACUUAGUGACUAUCGCGAGUUCGCUUAGGCUCGCCGCUUACAUAUCCUCCGGUGGUCUCCAUGGUGAGAUACGAUUCGAGAGAGGCGCGGAGCCCUCCUCGGUACGAAUACGUUAUUCUCUGAAAGCGACCCUGGAAUAUCCGGAUCAACAAUGGCUUUGGUCUAUCACUCAGUUCCCGGUCGAUUACACAAUUAUCGAGGGAAGAUGUGACAAACGGCACAUCGGGGAAAGUAUCAUCGACUUGACCGAACGAAUCGGACCCCUCGAAUUACCGAUGAACCAAACUGGCGCGAUAGAAGUCGCGGAUUUGUCGUUGACCGGAGAAACGGGUUUGUGGGGGAAAGGUUUGGUGUUAAAGGAUACUUACUCGCCCCGGACAAUAUGUGCCUCGAUCACGGUACUCGAGAGGAACGUUGAGAAGUUCGCCCAGGCGCGCUUUUACGGCCCCGUGGCGGGAACGGUGUUGUUCCGAUGGCUGGGCGGUCAGGUGGGCGACGAGUCCACCGACACGAUUAUUCACACGAACUUGCAUCACGUGCACAAGCAAAAACUGCAAGCGCCAAAUUACACCGAGCAUCAUUGGAAGAUAUACGUCACCGAUAUCUUCGAGACUGGCAAAGACAAGAACAACUGCAACAUCCUCCAAAAUGUAUUCGAUCCCAACGACGUCGGCGUUGGAAAGUCGAUCGGGGACGUCGACACGCGUCUGGGCAAAGUCAAAGUCGCCGCUAGUACGCGGGAGAAGUACAAGACUUUCUACAGAGACCCCGAAUUAUCUUUAUUACCGACUGAUUUGCUCGGUCCGCAUCGCCACUUGUAUCUAGUCGUCUUCCAUCCCGUGCACGAGGACUCGUUUCUAGCCUGUGCCAAGAUCAAUCACCGCAAACCGAUACACGUCAAGGCUGCGAUCAAUUCACGUGGAAUCAAAGGGAAGAUCACGGCGAUCCAGGAAACCCCGUUCGACCCCACGUGGGUCAACGUCUCUUUGACAACCAUCAACGAUCUGGAGACCAGACUGCGGUAUGCCACCAAAGUGGCGUCUUACAGGAUACACGAGUUACCCCCGGAACCAGCGCGAAGUGUGAGGCUCACCAUCGAUCCGUGUUUGACCACCAAGAAAUUGUAUAAUCCUCUGAGCAUCGAUGAAAAGACCACUCCACCGGCAGGUUUUGGUACUCAGGACCAAUAUGCCAUCGGUGACCUGUCUGGCAAGCUGCAAGGACGGAAGGAGGGCUCUUAUCACAACGACAUCCUACCCGGGAGCGCUAAACUCAGCGGAAUCUACUGGGACGCGUAUUUGCCGCUUUCCGGGAUUCACAGUAUCGUUCACAGAUCCUUGGUGCUUCACAAAUACAACGAGACCGACAACAAAGGCGUGAUUCCAUGGGUAUGCGGCAUGUUCGCGCAUUACACACCGCACACCGACUGGCAGAUGCCGAUGUACACGGCGGAAGUGAUAUUUCGAUAUCCCAUAGUCGGGCGAAUACUUUUCCGGCAACCUAAGGACGAUCCCGAGAUGGACACCACUGUAAUAAUAGAACAUCUCGUUCACGCGGACGGCAAUACCGUAAACAACUCUGCGGAGCACAGGUGGAUGGUGCAUGAGAGCGCACCCGGGAAGGACUUCUACAAUUGGACCGGUCGGUGCUUGAGCACCGGGUCACCCUACAACCCACAUAAGGUGGACUGGAGCCCGGAUAAACCCUGCUCGAUCUCGGAAAUCUCGUUAUGUCGCCUAGGCGAUCUAACGAGACACGGCGCACUCGAAAUCGCCGGUAGGAAGCUUUACGCCUCGGAAUUGACUCAACGGCUCUUCACGGACACGAUGCUGCCCUUAUCAGGGCCUCACACGUUGUUCGGCAAGAGUCUAGUUAUCUACGAAGACCAUGGGCCGGUUGCACGCGGAGACCGACUGGCUUGUUCCAUCAUCGGCGGAGUCUACCGACGCAAGGCGGUGGCGAGAGAUUGGUUCGGAAACAGUGGGCAGAUACCUCUGAGGGGAAAAUUAGAGCUCCUACAACAAACUGAGUAUGAUAUCACGAAUGCGGAAGUGACGUUCGAGGGCCUCGGUGGGAGUAUGAGCGGAUAUCACGUGCAUAUGACACCCGUCGAGUACGACUUGGAAUUUCCGUGCGAGGGAACAUCGCUCUAUGGACAUUGGAACCCGUUAAAUGUCAAUACGAGCAACGUACCAGCUGCGGAGGAGGGCACGCUGGAUCAGUACGAGAUGGGCGACUUGAGCGGAAAAUUUGGCACUCUAGAUAACAAGAAAAGAUACGUAUCCGCGUACAACGAUACGAUGCUGCCCCUGUUCGGGCCGAGAAGCGUCCUGGGCCGCAGCGUCGUCAUUCAUAUGAAGAACAAGAACUUGAGGUGGGCAUGUUCCACCGUGGAGAGAGGAUACUCCCCGACCGAUGCUAGCGAGUUACGUGCUAUCGCGUCGUUCCAUCACCCGCACGGUUUCUUGUACGGUUACAUAAGAAUGACGCAGCUCGUGUAUAAGGAUAGCAGCCAAAGCGAGACGGUGAUCGAGGUGAAUCUGCGCUACCCCGGCAAGCACGAUCGCAAUAUUACGAGAAACCAUAACUGGGCGAUAUACGUAAACCCCGUGGGCGUGGACGCCGCGGUGAAGGUGGAGAACACUCGAUGCGUGGCGGGCGGAUACACGUGGAAUCCUUAUUUCACUCAAUUAGCUGACCCGUUGAAUGAUGAUCUUUACAGGCAAGAGUGCGGCCCGGAUUUACCAUUGCGAUGUUAUGUUGGCGACAUAUCCUCUCGCCUAGGGCCCAUCGAUAUCGGUGAGAAGCGGCAAGUGUUCACCGAUCGAAACUUCCCGCUGGGCGGGCCGAUUUCCGCGUUGGGUAGAUCCAUCGUCAUCUUCGACAAGGAUUUCGGCACCAACAGAUUCUCCUGCGCGAACAUCGAGCCCGACAACGACAUUGUGAAAUACGCGAAUAUCAGGAAACCGCCGCGGUUUGUGGUGGCGCAAUUUUUAGAAGACGUGAGGAAAGUGAUGGGCAUCCCCGAAUGGAUGCUGUCGAUUGACAGUAGACAAACCAAAACGUUGCAUAAUGGCGCGUGCAUUCAGUUUCUUCUGCACUUCAAAGGCCCAAUUGCCAAUAUAUUGGAGCAAGACUUCAGCAAACUCAUAUCCACCGGCAAACUCGAAUCUCCCAGUUUAUAUAUUCCGGGAUAUGUACCGACGAAGAGAAAACGUACUUUGGGACACCGACAGUGCGGCGUGCGUGACCCAAAUGACAAAGACUUCAACAUCUACCGUAGCGCAUCCGACACGCCGCUACCGAAGAUAUUUCUGUUGCCGAUAUUUCUCAUUUUUGUACAUAAAUUCUAGCAAUAAUUUUGCAUGGAGAAACCUAUAAGAAAGGAUCUGUAAUAUAAAUGGAGUCUAUUUUAUAAGCAUGCAAAUUUCUUUAAACAGAUGCGACAUAAACAUUGGAGAAAUCAGAGCAAUCAGAUGAACGAUCGAUCUUACGACGUGAAUAGACAAUUUAAAAGUUGUCUAGUAAACGACGCAGAUGGAGAAACUAAGCUAAUUCGUCGCACGAAAAUUGAAACUUUGAAUGGAGAUUUUCAAGUUGCAUGUAAUAAUUAUGUCAUGAAUUUUGCUGCGCUUCAUUGAAUUAUUAUUUAUUUAUACCGUUAUUUUUAGAUUAUCUGUUUGGCGCGUUCUCGAGAUCCAAUGAAACAUGUAACGUAAUACGAAUAUCGAUGUAUUGCGAUACUCGGACCUGAACGUAA